AUGUUUUCAUAUUUUACAAAAAUUUUUACAUUUUCUCUUCUGUUAUGGAGGAUACAAUAUUCCGAUGAGUUAUCUGCCAUUCAUAAAUCGCUUAUUAAGAAAACUAAUCACAAUGGUAAGGCAAAUGUUAGAGGUAGCAGAAUGUUAAUGGGGGGAAAAUCAUUAUACUCGGAACAAAGCUAUUCAGAUCUUGGUGUAGAUUUAGAAGAUUCAUCGGAUGAAAAAGAUAUGUCGACUAAUGAGCAUUUCAAAAAAAUAUUACAAGAUAAAAAUAUUCAAAAACGAUUGAACACAUUAAAUUGUUGUGAUAGUUCUGAUGCCACACAAAUUAGUACAUUGAAUGAUGAAAAUAUCUCUGAAAUUACAUCUAAUUCAUUUCAAUCGUCUGAUAUGCUGGAAAAAUUUCUGGAGACAUACAAAUUUUACGAUAGUAACAAAAAACAUACAAAUAAGGCAAGUUAUAAUGAUAGUGUUUUUUCAUUUAUUAGUGAUAUGCACAGUGAGUAUAUGAAAACAGGAUCAUAUCCUCAAAAUGAAGCGUUUCAUGAAGUUGUAAAGUAUAAUGGAAAAAACGGAAGGAACCACAGAUCAAAGUUACGAAGAUUAAUUAGCGACCUAGAUCUCAAAUUUGAAGUAGAAAUGAUGCGAGCCAAAAGAUUGGAUUCUAGCCAACACUCUCUUUCGAAGUCUAAAAGUAUUUCUAGUUUUAUUUCUUUUUAUGCAAGUAAAUAUAGAGUAGCUACACCAUUUGCUGUAACCAUGGCUUCUAUAUUUACAUUUUUAUCAUUUGGAAUGGUAGUACCAGCCACUAUAUCGACUGCAAUAGCAAUAGCAAUGUUUUCUGGUUACGAGAUGAAAAUAAAUAAACUAAGAAGGAUGAAUGCAGUUUACAAACUAUUUAUUGCAAAUAAUAAACAUAUGAAAUACCUUUGA